AUGUCGAAACAAAUUCCUGCCAGCGAAUAUGAAGCAGUCGUUGCAACAGUGAACCUUUUCAUCGAGGGCAUGAAAAAGUCGGACUAUUCCAUUCUCUCUAAAGCCUUUCGUGACACGGCGCGAGUUUACGCACAUAUCUAUGGAACUUGGACAGAAGCCAACAAGGACCUCCUGAAUGAGAUGUUAAAGAGCUACCCGAAGCUUCCGAACUUCAACCACAACCUGAGCGUGAUCAGCAUGUCACCGACUGUGGCUGUCGUCAGAAUUGAGAUGGACUACGAGGAUACUUUCAAUCCAUACACAGAUUUCAUGACGGUGGCCAAGGUGGAAGGAAAAUGGCAGAUUGUGACAAAGGUUUCAUGCGAGUACGAGCGAUGA